AAGUUGUGUCCAAACAUACAAACUCAGGCACAACACAUUGAAUUAGUAGUCAAAAAAAAUGUCAUUGAAGUCAUUAUUUUCGUUAAAAAGUUUUGUCUUACAAUAUUUGCUAUCAUUUUUAACACUUUAUUUGGUGACAAUUGUCAGCUGUAGUAUUGGUUGUCUGGUGUCAGUAUUAGGUCAACUCAUUGUAGUGACGGUGUUGUCGUGGUUUGUGACCAAAACAGUUGGAAAAUAUCUAAAUAAAGAGUUUCUUACGUCAUAUAAAAGAGCCGUUUUGGUCACUGGUUGUGACAGUGGUUUUGGCAAUGCAUUGGCUCAGACACUCAAUGAACAUGGAUUCAGAGUCUAUGCCACAGUAUUGGACACCAAUAGCGACGGCGCCAAGAAAUUGGCGACCAGUGGUCGGUUUGAUGGCAUGACAACAGUGUUGAGGAUGGAUGUGACGAAUGAUGAAGAAGUGAAUGCAGUUUACGAACAAAUUGCAAAAGAGUUGCAACAAAACGGUGAACAACUGUGGGCUGUCGUCAACAAUGCCGGUAUCAUGACUUGGGGACCACUGGACUGGGGAACUGUAGACAGUUAUAAACGUAUAUUUGAAGUCAACACUUUCGGUACCGUUAGAGUCACCCGAACUUUUCUACCAUUGAUUAGACAGUCAAAAGGACGAAUCGUUAAUUUAGUAUCAAUUUCCGGCCGCUUUACCGCUCAAAAUCGGUCCAUAUAUUCAAUGAGCAAACACUCGGUCAUCUCAUUUGCCGACGCAUUGAGACGCGAGUCCCGUAAAUGGGGUGUCAAAGUGUCGACCAUUGAGCCGACAGCCUAUAACACAGCAAUGUCUACACCGGACUAUUUGAAUCGUGAAUUGGAUCAGUUGUGGACGGAUAGCUCAGAUAAUGUUAAACAAAUCUACGGCCAAGAGUUUUAUGAUAAGCUCAGAGUUCAGACGUCCGAUACACUGGCCUCGUAUAGUGCCGGCGAUAAUCUGAACGAUGUUGUCGACCAAAUAGUUGCGGCCAUCAGAUCAGCCGAACCGGAGAUCAGAUAUUUUGUAUCGCCCGACACCUGGCGUAUCAAAUUACGAUUGGCCAUAGCUCAAUAUCUACCUGGCCAAUUUUAUGACUGGCUAAGCGCUAGAAAACAAUCGCCUAAAACUAAACAAUAA